AUGGCUCUCGACCGGAGCGACACCACGGCCUCACAGAAAACCGGCGUGAAACAACCACAGCGUUGUGUUUCGCCGUCUCGGCUUGAACGAGAGGAGCGGAUGGAGGAGCUAUUGGCGAACAUGAAGAAUCAUCUAGAAUACCUGGAUUCACAGUACAGGGGGAAACAAGAAGCGGUCAUAACAUUACAGGCGAAGAUGUUUUCCGGCCGUGGUAACAGUUCUCAAAAUACGCUGCACGAGGUCUCUUUGGCGCCACUGUCACCCGCAGUUCAACUUCUACUAAAGAACAUGACAGAUUUGAGUGGGGGCAGAUCUUUCUGCGAAAUAGUGGUGGGAGUGCCGACCGUCAAGCGUGAUAAAGAAAGCUACUUGAUGGUGACUCUAACGCAUCUCGUCACCGAGCUGAGCCCCGCCGAUGUCAACAACACCCUCAUCGUGGUCAUGAUUGGGGAAACGGAGCUAGACUACGUGCUGCAAGUUGCAAGGCAGAUUGAAACAAUGUUUCCAAACCAGGUGGAUAGUGGCUUGAUCGAGGUCAUAUCACCACGGGAAUCGUACUACCCUGACUUCGACAAACUCCCUAUCACUCUGGGAGAUUCUCGUAAACGUAUCAAAUGGCGCUCAAAACAGAAUCUGGAUAACAUUUUCCUGAUGGCAUACGCCCAAUCGAAGGGCACAUUUUAUCUAAUGCUAGAAGAUGACAUAAUUGCCAAGAAAAACUACAUCCAGACGAUAAAAAAGUUCACAGCCACAACCACCGUCUCCAAUCCGAACUGGAUCUUCAUCGAAUUCUGUCAUGUCGGGGGCAUUGGAAAACUUUUUCGGUCCGCGGAGCUCAUAAAAUUCAUCAGUUACGCCCAGAUUUUCUACAACAACCUCCCUAUCGACUGGCUCUUAGAAAGUUACUUAGCUGACCGUGUGUGCAACCUGGAAAAGGCCGGCAAAAACUGCGGCGCGGCCAAGGAGAAAAUCAGGCCGAAAUUUAAACCUUCACUUUUCCAACACAUUGGGCUCUAUUCUUCAUUGAAGGGGAAAAUGCAUAAAAUUGGGGAUGCAAAAUUCCGAACAGUACCUAAAUUCUUCCCUCACACCGACAACCCUCCACUGCGGACGAUAAAAACUGACAUCAUUGAACAUAGUGUCCAUACCCUACAGAAGGCUUACGCAGGUCGCACUUUCUUUUGGGGUCUGAAACCAAAGAAAGGGAGCUUUGUAGAAUUCUGGUUCGAGAAGCCUAUUGUUAUGACACACUAUGUCUUCCGCAGUGGCAACCCUGAUCACACGAUGGACUUAUUCUACAACACAACAUUAGAAGUCUUACCCGCCCACAAUCAUAGUAAUUUUACUGUGAUUGGUGCCUUUGAUGAGUUUGGUCUUGCUGAAGGAAAUCUCUCCAUGGGUCCGAUUAUUGCCAUCCGCCUGAGUGUGCAACGCAACAGCCGAUUUUGGGUCAUUCUAAGCGAGAUCGAGUUAAGAGUUAGCCCAGCUCCAGAAUCCAGGUGA